AUGAUCAAAGAGCUAUUGGACUCACGAGUUCGACCUAUGGUUCAAGAGGAUGGAGGCGAUAUAACCUAUAUGGGCUUUGAAGACGGAGUUGUGAAAUUGAAACUAAAGGGAUCAUGCACGGGCUGCCCCAGCUCAUCUGUGACUCUCAAGGCUGGAAUACAGAACAUGUUACAGUUCUAUGUCCCCGAAGUGAAGAAUGUGAUUGAAGUGACGGAUGAAUCUGACGAUUUGGUUCAAAAAGAACUGGAAAAGUUUGAGAAAUCACGGGGAAUCGUUGACUAG